GCGAAACAGAAGCACACAGCCAUGGCGGGAAAUGACCCACGGAAGCACCUCUUCAACUUAAUUCACGAUGUCGCCUCCGAGAAGUCGCACGGAGAGCGAAGAGUGGUAGGUCUGAGGAAGCGAAUUGAAGAGCUCCGAUCUGAGCUAGAGGUUUCAAAUGCAGAGCUCGAGGAAGCCAAGCGCAGCAAGGAAACUACUGAGCAAGAUCUUAAAGGAUACGAAGUUGAAUUGGCUAUGAAUGAAGCUACGAUUCAAACGCUAGAGUCAAGGAUUUCUCUGACUCAAGACGAGAUUUCCACAGUCGGAUCGGAUUUGGAUGCUCUUAAGAACAAAAAAGGGGCUUCGCGAGAUGAGUUUAUAAGCCAAAUGUUUGAGAUCAACACUCAGAUAAGGAAGUUCCAAGAGUCAAUUGCUCGAAAAAUUUAUGAGCUCUUGUACAAUGGAAGUACAGAAGAAGAAGAUCCCAAAUUAGUGAAGGAGGAGGUUACUGAAGGUGCUUUAAGUACACUUGAAGAUAUGCUUGCUGGUGUAAUAUCUCAGACAACCGAAGUGGAAGAAGAAUACAAAUCAGAACAGAACAUUGAAAAGCAGGUCCAGCAGGCGCUGAUUGAUUGUGAAAGGAAGGUAUUCUUGAUGGAGGAGAUGUUACGAGCAACAAAAGCAUUGCAGGACUUGACAAGGCAGACUUCUGAAUUGGAACAGAUUUGUGCUACCGUUGGUGAGAAGUUGCAGAGGAGAUGCAUAUGUCCCAGUUGUCAUUUAGACAAUGUGGGGGUCCUGGGUGGAUUAAUGGAGUCAAGUGAGGCAAAUUAAAUAUUUGUUCAGAAUUUUUCACAUAGUGGUAGUUCUCACUUGGAAUCGGAUGCCAUAUAGGUGUCAACCAAGGGCACCCAUAUUCGUUGUUGAGAGUUUUCCCUAUCAGCAGGUUCCAAUUUCUUGCUUCGGUUGGGUUUUCUGCUCCGAGUACAUUUCGGGUCUUCA